AAAAGCUACAGAGCUGUUGAAGAGCUCACGAUGAAGAUGAAGUUCACAAUGCUAGAAUUUGUUGCUGUUUUAUUGUUAGCUGGAGUAAUAUCUAGCUACGGCCAACAGGCCAAUUACAUAACUACCGGGUUUGGAGCACCAGUAUCGUACAAGGAUGCAUCCCUCACCGUUGGCCGUCGUGGACAAUUACUACUGGAAGACACAGAAUUUAUUGAUGAAAUGGCACACUUUGACCGAGAGCGAAUACCGGAAAGAAACGGUCAUGCUAAAGGUGCAGGGGCAUUUGGUUACUUUGAGGUCACCAACGAUAUCACUCGGUAUAGUGCAGCAUCUCUUUUUGAGAGAGUUGGAAAAAGAACGAGAAUCGCGGUUCGGUUUUCCACAACUGGAGCCGAAAACGGUUCGACCGAUACCCGACGAGAUAUGCGUGGUUUUGCCAUUAAAUUUUACACAGACGAAGGAAAUUGGGACCUUGUAGGACUUCAUUUUCCAGUAUUCCUUAUUCGGGACCCUAUUCUACUGCCCAGUAUGGUCCAUGCUCAAAGGAGAAAUCCAAUAACCUUUCUUCGUGAUGCUAACCAGCAAUGGGACUUUAUAACUUUAAGACCGGAAUCAAUUCAUAUGGCACUUUAUAUGUUCUCUGACAAGGGAACUCCUGAUGGAUACAGAUAUAUGGACGGUUUUGGAGUUAAUACAUUCAAACUGAUUAAUGCCACCGGCCAUCACAUUUAUUGCAAAUUUAACUACUUAACCGAUCAGGGUUUAAGAAACUUAACUGCAGCAAGAGCACGACAACUUGAGGCCCAAGAUCCCGAUUAUGCCAUAAGAGAUUUAUACAAUGCAAUUGCAUCUAACAAUUAUCCAUCAUGGACAUUGUACAUUCAAGUAAUGACCGACGAGCAAGCAAGAAAUAGUAGCUUUAAUCCAUUCGACGACACGAAGGUAUGGCCAGAAGAUAUAUAUCCUUUGAUUCAAGUAGGCCGAUUUACAUUGAAUGAGAAUCCUACGAAUUAUUUCCAAGAUGUCGAGCAAAUGGCGCUGUCCCCAUCAAAUAUGGUGCCUGGAAUCAAACCUUCGCCCGACAGAAUGUUACAGGGAAGACUGUUUGCUUAUCCAGAUACUCAGAGAUACAGAUUAGGACCCAACUUUCUUCAAAUUCCUGUCAACUGUCCGCUGAACGUCCGAAAUUAUCAGCGAGACGGUGCAAUGUCUUACAAUAAUCAGGGAAAUAAUACGGUUUAUCAUCCGAAUUCAGUAGAUUCGUUAAACGUCAGUCAAAGGGCAGCAGCACUUAAUCCACCGUAUUCCGUUAGUGGUGACGUCUACAGGUACGACGAUGGAAGCGAAGAUAAUUUUUCUCAAGCCACAAACUUUUACCUAAAUGUAUUAGAUGAAGCAGGCAGAGUUAGUUUAGUUGAAAAUUUGGUAAGAGCAGUUUCCCCCGCAGCGGCGACAUACCAACAACGAGCACUUGAUCUGUUCGGCAACGUUUCUGCAGAUUUGAGGGCCCGAGUUCAAGCAGGUCUAGGGUUGUAAUAGUAAUCUUCAUUUACGUGAUUGUUACAGAAAUCUAAAGAACGGUCUCGUAGUUCUCUCAUUCGUUUUAAAUGUUUUUCAGAACAUAUACAAAUGUAACUGUAGUUAAAUCAUAUAUGAUUUGUAAAAUAAUUACAAUUAGAUUUGUAAGUUAUUUGA